UGGUAUCUGAACUCAGUAUAGUUUGAAGAAGAAAGUCAGCAAGAAUUAACACAUCUAAUAAAAUGGUACAAGGCCAACGAAACUUGUUAUUAUUAGUUCUGUUCAGUGUUAUAGUAUUUGUGAUAGCUGCAACGACAACGACAACAACAACUAUCCAACCUUUGAAUCCUGAAAAAGCAAGGAGUAAAUUUAGUACAUCAGGUGCAGUGAAUAAAGAUGGCAGCUUCGAGUUCAUUUUGGAAAAUGAAGACUCCGGCAUUUUUAUUGAGAUUGAAGGUAAAGUAUCAACCUCUCAAGGAAAAGCUACACUUGAACUAGCUGGAACCUAUGAAUUUAAAGGUAUUUCCCUACAAUUCGUUGCAAAUGAGGAGGAUGGUCUCGAUAUAAGCCACUUAGCAACAAAGACAACUACACAACCAUACGACUCUGAAGCAUUUGUUUAGUUAGAAUAGACCCCGUCCAAGGAGAAAUUUACAUAUAUUAUAGAUAUGGAUAGAUAUUUUUAAUAUUUAGUUGUUUU